CCGAAGAAGAAGAAGGCAGGCGGAAAAGAAACACAAACAGUGGGGAGAGAAAAUGAGAGAGAAGAUGCUGAGAUCAGAACCCGUUAGGGAAGAUAAAGUUGGGCUCUGAAGCCUGCAGUGAUGAAGGUGCUGCUGUUCCUGGUGUUCGGUGUCCAUCUGGCAGCAGCAGUCACACACACUCUCCAGAUCUUCUACACCGCAGUCACGCGAGGAAUAAAUUUCCCACAAUUCACUGCUGUCACUCAGCUGGAUGGAGUGGAGUCUGAGUACUAUGACAGCAACAUCAAAAGGAAGAUCCCAAAGACAGAGUGGGUAAAGAAGAUUGAUGCUGAUAUUCCAGAUUACUGGGACAGAUACACACAGAGGCUGCAGCGUACUGAGGAGGACUUCAGAGUCAGUGUGGCUACAUUAAUGCAGCGCUUUAAUCAGACUGGAGGAGUUCACACAUUACAGAGGAUGUACGGCUGUGAGCUGGAUGAUGACGGCACCACUAGAGGAUACUUCCAGGACGGUUAUGAUGGAGAAGAUUUCCUCAGUUUUGAUCUGAAAACUCUCACCUACACUGCAGCUAAACCUCAAGCUGUGAUCACCAAACACAACUGGGAUAAUAUUCCUGGUGUUACUGUGGGCCGGAAGAAGUACCUGGAGAACACCUGUAUCGACUGGUUAAAGAGACACCUGUCUUACGGCAGAGAGACUCUGGAGAGGAAAGUUCGUCCCGAGGCAUCAGUGUUCCACAAACACUCUCCUUCUCCAGAGGUGGUGUGUCACGCUACAGGUUUCUUCCCCAAAGCAGUGACAAUCACCUGGCAGAAGGACGGAGAGGACCUGACUGAGGACGUGAAGCUCACAGAGACGUUACCCAACCAGGAUGGAAGCUUCCAGAAGAGGAGCAUUCUGAAAGUCCCAGCUGAGGAGCUGCAGAAACACAAAUACACCUGCGUGAUUCAGCACAGCAGCUUGGAGAUGGAGUUAGAGCGAGAAGUACCGAAAGAUGGAGGGCAGAUUGGAGUCAUCAUUGGUGUCGUCGUGGCCGUCGUCGCUCUCGUCGCUGUUGUCGCUGGUGUUGUCUUCAUGAAGAAGAGGAACUCUGGAUUCAAACCUGUUCCCCCCAAACCCUCCUCUGAAGGAGAUUCUUCCUCCAACAACUCUUAAACUGUGUCUGUGUGUCUUCCUGCUGGAGUGAGAGAGAGAGAGGAGGAGAUGGAGAUGAGGAACACACACACACACACACACACACACGUUACUCCAGUGGGUAAUCUGCUCACAAACACAAGAACCAGGACUUGUAUAUAGGAUGUUAAUGUUAUAAUUUUCUCUUUGUAUUUCGAUGGACGGCUUUUUAUUGUGAAUCUGUUAUUGCUGUAAAAUGGGAUUAUUAGAUUGUUCGGGUUUUUUCGGUGUAAAUUCUCAUAAUUUGUGUUUGGGUUAGAUGUGAGUGUGUAUGAGCUUCUUUCCUCUGUUCAUUUAUCCCCUGAUUUACUGCAGAAUUUAAUCCCGUCAUAACGUCAGGACACGACAGGUUUGAUUUCCGUCUUUGACCUUUUAAUCCAGUGCGAUUUUCCUCAGCAGCUGUUUGUGGAGCUGAUUUGUGCGUCUCAGACAGGAAGUGUGUGAAGCUUCAGAUGUGAUGCGUGUUGAACAGAUUUGACUAAAGUGUAAAAGAUGAGGAGUGACGCAGCAGAAGCAGGAGUUCAUGCUGGAUGAUCAGCGCUCAAAGCUUUUAUUUUCUCCACAAGUGGAAAACACAAAGCAGCUAAAUGACAUGGCACUGAUUCCAUUAUUGAUUAUUUAACUCCAUUUAAAGCAAAAAACAAUCCGUUCAACACGCUGACGCAUCUGUACGACCCACAUCUCUCCCACAAUCCCUCUGUUCUGUCUGUGGAACUCUGAGUGAAUAAUAAAGUGUAUUUUCUUCA